AGAAGAAUGGAAUCAUCAGACACUGAAUCUGAUAUCUCAGCAGUAUCUGUAGUUUCUGAAGUCUCCAAUGCGUCUAGAAGAUCUACGCGUAGCAAUGGGAGCAGACGGGUCAGCUAUACCUACUUUUCAGAAGAAAGUGAUAACGAGGAUUAUAUCUUAAAAAGAAGACUAGAAGAUAUUCUGGGUGAAGAUUCUGGAUCUGAUAAAGAAUAUCAACCUGAAUUUAAAAAGAAAAAAGAAAAUAUAUAUCUUGAUAACCAGGAAAACGAGGAGCACAUUCUCCCUGACAACACUUACGAUUCCCAGAGCUUUGGAAGCAUUUCAGAAAGAACUGCGAAGGCCCCCUCUGAGACGAACUCCGAGUAUGGCGCUGUGCCUGACACUGUAUCUGAACCUGUACCCGGAGAGGAGAAGAACCAGAAGGAUCAGAGGGUUCGGAGAAGGUUCGGGGUUAAAAAGAGAACAAGAACGUAUUCUAACUCUACCCUUGGUGUGACCAGCAUAGAAAGUGGAGGUGGAUCUGUACGGAGAACACGGUCUCCCUACGACGACCUCUCCGAACUGUUUACACGUCCCUCUGUAUUGAAGAAAAUUGAAGGUCCUGGAUUCAGGUCUCGGGUUAAAACUAAUAAAAAAGAAGGUGAUCAGUUAACCACAAGAUGGAAAUGUUUCUGCGCCGAAUUAGAGAGGAAUCUACGAAUGUUGAAGGGAAGAGGAGAAACUAGUUCAACCUGUUCCUUAAUCUUCUCAGCUUUAACUUCAGAUGUUCAACUCUUCUCUUCAAAAUCCAACCAGAUGAAUACUUAUGUACAGAACAACAGAUACGUCAACGACAGCCUAGGGUACAUGGUUCUGGAUUGUAUCAAUACUCAUAUAUCUUCUCCUCAUCUUAGAGCAGAGAUACAUAAAUCAUUUGGUGAGAUUGUAUGCGGGUGGACGUGGUUUGAAGGUGUUCUCUCCACCUGUCUAAUCCAUCUAGUUAACCUUGGGGCAGUGGAGGCAGCUAACAGCCUCAGUUUAAUGGCUAAAUUAAAUUCAAAACAUAGGCAUGUAUCGGAGGAGCUGCGGAUAUUGAAGACAAUGCUGGAAAUGAUUUCCGUUCAAGAGAAAGUAGAAAGCAACAGAAUGAAUGAAACUACAUCACAUAUGAACAUUCUUUCUGAAGCCGUCAUCAUGGAUAUGAAUGAACUAUUGGAGAAAAGUAAAGGAAACUUUGAUUUCAUCCUUCCUCUCUACUCCUGGUAUCUUACUGAAUACAGGGAUGUUGAGGGUUGUGUGAAGCUGUUAACUUGGUAUACCAAACAGAAUCCAACCUCACUCAGGGCUCAUGAAACCCUUGUAGCGUUUCUCAAGGAUCAGCAAUGUGAGGAAGAAACUAUACUGAGUGCUCUAGAGAGUGGUAGCUCAGAGUUUCCUCAUGAACAAUUUGUUGUUCAAUAUUGUCAGGCCCUAUUACGGAAAGAUGAGAACCUAGAUGAGAGUUUAGGAAGUAAUGACGAUGAAUCAUUACCAACUGCCACUGGAGGUUUAGACCAUGCUGGGAUUGUAGAGAAAAUAGUUGGGUUCCUGGAUUUGAAGGAGAAUAUGACUAAUAUAGAAGCCUGGGAUCUUCUUGUGAAUUCAGUUCUCCAGGUUGUACAAACCUUGAAUCAACCGGAUACAGUUCUAGAUAUAUUUAACACCAGGUUGAACUGGUGGUUUGAUCAGUCCUGUGAAGAUCUGAUCAACUGCCCAACCCAUCUCCUAGGACGUAAACUGGUCCUGCUUAACCUACUCUUCGGAGAGAAGAAUAAAUACUCAGACCUGGUGAAAGCUUGCCUACAGGAGAGGUUGGAGGGUGGAGACAGAACUGUAAAUUCCGUCCUGGCGGAGAGUAAACUAUACCAGAGAACCAGAACCGAACCUAUCAUUGUUCUCAAUCCAACUGAGACUGAUGAUCAUCAAGGUUGGGUAGAGGAUGAGUGGAGCAGAGUUGAGAUUAUCCGUAAAGAAAGUGAGUAUCUCUCGAGAUCAGAAUGGAUCAGGACGGUUGAAUCUAGCUCCGAGGGGAGAGAAUACUCCAACCUGGACACAUGGUUGAAGAAGAGAAAAGAAUAUAUUCAUCUUGUCUCUCCAAUAUAUUUAAAGAAUUUUCUGUACAUGUCUCGAGCAGAUCAGCAGAAACUUAUUGCCAAAUAUGUACAGGAGACCUACAGCUCACAAACUAAGGAGACAUCAAAGAAAGGUUCCAGUAUUCAGAAACCUGAAAUAAUUCUCUACCCUCACAGAUUUAUUCCCUUGAUAACGAGGAUACUGCAGCGGAACCUGGUGGAGAAGAAGGUUUUAUCCUUGAUACUGGUCGAGGAGAAGGUGGAGCUACUCAACCAGGAGAGAAGGGUUAGAGCUUUCUUCCAAACACCGCUGAACAGAAUGAAGAAAUUCAUAGAUUGGAGCAGGGUUGAUUACGUAUUAGCUCUAGACCCUCCCUCUGACAUCAACCUGGGGUCGGAAAUUAAAACCAUAUUCCUCCGACGGCUGAAAUCUGUGAUAAACACUAAACUCAAUCCCAGGUUGGGUGUCCAGAUUGCAUUAGACGAGAUCAAAUCCAAAGUGGGCAGUUCAAACCAGGAGAAAAAGAACUCGCAAUUUAACAACUGGAUAAAAUAUGCAGAAUUUCUUCAAGAAAAUUUAUGAUUUCAGA